AUGUAUAUAUUACGGUCUCAUGGGUUUCUGAUACUUUCACAGGAGUAUCGGUUCUGGAUAGCUAUUCCAGUAUUCGUUCUGAGUAAAGUUGCAACCAUUUUAUGGAACCUGCAAGAUUUGCUAAUAAUAUUGAUUAGUAUGGGCCUUUCUUCGCGAUACUGCAGAUUAAAUGAAUACACAAAGAGUUUGAUUACGGGAAGAAAUGAGCCCUUUAAACACGUAAAUAGUCAUAAUUAUAGGCACAAACACCUUUGGCGAAAACUUCGAAAAGCAUACGUACAUCAGGCUGAUUUAGUACGGGCACUUGAUAAACACCUAGGUCCAUUAAUCCUCUUAUCUAACAUAAAUAACUUGUACUUUAUCUGCUUACAACUUUAUUUAGGCAUCAGGAUGACGAACACGGAUUGGAUUAGUCGCUUGUAUUAUGUAACUUCUCUCACAUGGCUGCUGUUUAGAGCUUGCAGUGUUGUCUUGGCCGCUUCGGAAAUAAGUGUGCAAUCGCAACACGUCUUACCAUUUUUGCGCCAAUGUUCACGUAAUACCUAUAAUAUUGAGAUUAAUAGACUGACAAACCAGUUAACGUAUGAUAACAUUGCCUUAAGCGGCAUGGGACUCUUUUCAUUGACAAGGAAAAAUUUGUUGCAGGUGAUCGCGGCCGUGAUUAAAUAUGAGCUAAUAUUGCUACAAUUUGACAAA